AAGACUGGACUAGGGUUUCAUCGUUUAGCUUCUUAAAAAGGUUGGUCGCCUCUUCUUCGUACUUUUUGCCUCGCUGAGCAGCUGCGAAUCUCACGACUUCAAAAUGCCGUCGCACAAGUCGUUUAUGAUCAAGAAGAAGCUGGCGAAAAAGAUGAGACAGAACAGGCCUAUUCCUCACUGGAUUCGUCUUCGUACCGACAACACCAUCAGGUACAAUGCCAAGCGCAGGCACUGGCGUAGAACCAAGCUCGGAUUCUAAGUGUUGAGCCUUCUAAAAGAGUCUUCUUUAUCUGUUUGGUUUAGCAUUUCCUCAAGUUUUUAAGUUAUGACAUUUUCAUAUUUCUGUAAGACUUUUACUCUAUUAUGAUUGAUGUUACCAACUUUUCUUCCUAUUAAGAGUUUUUUCUGAACA